AUGCUCGCCCGCCGCCUGCUACCGCGUCAUGCUGCAGUCUCGCCCGUGUUGACUGUCGAGCCACGCCGCCGCAAGUUCCAUCGCAGCAUCACGCUCACGGCGCCCCUGCCGCAAGCACAGCCACGCCGCCGCAAGUUCCAUCGCAGCAUCACGCUCACGGCGCCCCUGCCGCAGGCACAGGUCAGUAGCGGAGCGGAGAGGACUCUAGCGGAGCGGAGAGGAGAGGACGCUAUCGGAGCCCUGAUACCACGUCAUGCUGCAGUCUCGCCCGUGUUGACUGUCGAGCCACGCCGCCGCAAGUUCCACCGCAGCAUCACGCUUACGGCGCCCCUGCCGCAAGCACAGGUCAGUAGCGGAGCGGAGAGGACGCUAACGGAGCCGCUUGCUGCCUCGACACGCAGCAGUCUCGCCUGUGUUGACUGUCGAGCCACGCCGCCGCAAGUUCCACCGCAGCAUCACGCUCACGGCGCCUCUGCCGCAGGCCCAGUCUCGCCCGUGUUGACUGUCGAGCCACGCCGCCGCAAGUUCCACCGCAAUAUUUCGCUCACGGCGCCCCUGCCGCAGGCGCAGCGGAGCCGCCUGCUGCCGCGUCAUGCUGCAGUCUCGCCCGUGUUGACUGUCGAGCCACGCCGCCGCAAGUUCCAUCGCAGCAUCACGCUCACGGCGCCCCUGCCGCAGGCGCAGGGCAUGCCAGCAGACAAGCAGGGCCAAUCACUACGUCUCCUAUGCUCCAUCAUGGGAGGACAAGCGCGCGCGGUGUGGGAGGACGUCACCGGCUCCACGCCGCUCACCAUCACCGACGACUGUGCCUCAUUCACCACCACCGUCUCAGCCAGAUUCUGGCUGAUGAACUGCCAAAACGUGAGCGACGCGACCAAACUGGCGACCGAAUUAUACAGGGACAUGUUACUGGUCCCGUUCGAGGUCCGGAUCGUGGUCCUGGGCAAGCGCCUGGACGCUCUGGAGGGAAGACUACUUGUGCUUUACAUCACUGACAGAUAUGCCUACGACACGCUAUUGCAACAGGAGCACUACACAGAGGUGGCACAGUCGACGGCGGUGCGGCUGCUGGACGCGCGGCCCGUGUUCCUGGAGUUCAGCGGCAACCUCGUGCCCGUCACCAAGUCGGGCAGCCAGCCCAUGCUCAACUUCGAGGCAUUCAAAGACAACCGAGUCGAGUUCACGGUACGCGUGAAACACCACGAAGAGAGCCCAUCUGGAAGGAUUUACUUCAUGAACGAACCUAAGGUGCCCAAAGGCGAACAGUCACAGACGCCGGCGUGCGUGCUGGACGUCGAACUACCGGAUAGGAUCGCGCCGCGCGCCGGCAAGAGCCAGGUCGACUACCUCAACCUUGACCAAUCAGGCUUCGACGCGCUGAAAGACGAGCUGAGCUUCCACUGGGGCGGCGAGCACCCCAGCCUCGGGCCCGUCUCUGUGCCCGAUGUUCCUGCGCAUCUCAACGGACACGAUAAAAUUAUCUCCAAUGGUGGCGUAAAAUACACUGAGACAAAAGAUACAAACGAUAAAGACAGCAAACCUCAAGUCAAUGGAGACGCGUUGCACGUGGAUUCUAACAAAGUGAAAGCCACCUUCGAUUCAGACGAAGACAAAACUCCAAUGAACACGCUAGAGAAAGGCAAGAAGAAGCCGGAAGGAGGCUUCCUUAGUGGCAUCACAGACAAAGUCAAGAAUGUGUUCAGUCAUAGCGACGAAAAAGAUGAAGAAAAAGAAUCAUCGCCCAAACCCAAGCCCAGAGAAUCCAAAGAAAAGAGCCCGCCUAAGCCAGCACCUAGAAUCAUCAACGAGGAGCUUCUAGGCAAAGUUGAUGAUAUGUUCAGGGAUCUCCACUCUAAGCCUCACCAGAAAGAGGAUGAGGACUUACAGAGCCAAGUUUACAGCACCAAACUAGUUGUGGACGAAGUAGACAAGCCUCUAAGUGAGGUAACUGCGGAGCUAUAUGACCAGUACGCCAACAUGCAACCGGUUGACACGCCUCUACGUCAGAAAGUACAAGAUCCAUUCCAAUUCCCGAAAUGUUGCGACGGCAAAUACAAACACAGCCACGACGAAACAUCCAACGCGGUUGACAUCGUUGAACACGUUAACUUCACAGCGCACGAAAAGUUAAACGAAGCAGGAGACAGGCUACACAGUGAUCUGCACGAAGGUCUGGACAAAAUCGAGGAAGAAAAGGAACUUAUCAAACAGAAAUCCAAUGAUAUCAAGGACGAUCUGACUCAAGGAUUCGAAAAUAUCAAAGGUGACUUGAUAAUUAAAGAAGAUGAAGUUAAAUCUGGAGUGCAGGAUAAGAUUCGCGAUGCUGAAAAGGAAGCUAACAAUAAAUUAGAUGAUUUAUCUAAAUCUGCAGAUAAGUUAAGAGAUGAUUUCAGUGCUGAAGCUUCUGACGUCAAAGAAGACAUUGCGUCUGGAUUCGACAAUAUUAAGUUUUCAGGUAACGAUGCAUUUGGCUUCUUAUCAAACAACGCUAGCAGUGCUAAGGAUGAGCUAAGAAGUAAAGCCAACGAAAUGGACUUUGCUGCUAGAGAAAGAGCCGAACAACUCAGACUCAAAACUGGUGAAUUCGUCAAAGAUUCCGCCAACGAUCUCAAGCAAAAAGCUAAAGAUGCCGAAGAAAAUGUUAAAAACAAAGCCCAGGAAGGUUCGAAUGCUGUUGUCGAAUCCGUUCACGAGGUCAAAGAAAAUAUAAACCAAAAAGCUAAAGACUUAAAGUCAGAUCUCAAAGAAACAGCCGACAAUGUUGUUGAAACAGUUGAAAAAACUAAAGGAAAAGCCAAAAAGGAAGGCAAAAAGAAGUCUAAGGAAGGAAAGAACUUCUUUACUGGUUUUGUGAGUAACAUAUUUGGAGAGAAAGAUAAGAUUGAAGAGGGAGUCAAGGAAAAAAUUGCGAAAGGAAAGCAGGCAGCUAACGACCUCGCAGAAGAAGCUGCAGCUAAAAAAGAUGAGAUCGAAGAAAGUGUGUCGAAAAAACAAGCCGAAAUCAAACAAGACGCCGAAAAUGUCGCGCAGAGUGUCAAAGAUGAGAAAAAUAAGCUAGAAAAAUCUGUCACAGACAAAGUUGGUGAAAUUAAAGAAACUGUACAAAACAAAAAGGAAGAAACCAAGAAAGCUAUCCAAGAUAAAACACAAGACAUUGAGAGUACAAUUGAAAAGAAGAAGGAUGAGGUUUCAGAUGCUGUUCACGCGAAGGCAGAAGAAGCGAAGAAAGCUGCUGAGGCGUCUAAACAAGCCGUUGAAAAUAAGGCACAUGAAAUGAAAGAUGCCGUCAAUGAUAAGAAAGAUGAAAUUGCAGAUGCUGUAAAAAGUAAAGCAGAUGAAGCAAAGAAUGCUCUUCAAGACUCCAAAAACGCAGCGGUAGACAAGGCACACGAAAUUGAAUCUUCACUACAGAGUAAGAAAGAUGAAAUUGUAAUAGCUGCUCAUGACAAAGCAGAUGAAGCCAAGAACGCGCUCCAAGAUACCAAAAACGCUGCGGUCGACAAGGCACACGAAAUCGAGUCUACACUUCAGAGCAAGAAAGAUGAAAUUGUAGCAGCUGCUCAUGAUAAAGCAGAUCAAGCCAAGAAUGCGCUUCAAGACACCAAAAACGCAGCGGUUGACAAGGCACACGAAUUUGAGUCUUCGCUUCAAAGCAAGAAAGAUGAGAUAGUAACAGCUGCACAUGACAAAGCAGAUGAAGCGAAGAACGCGCUACAGAGCACUAAAGAUGCUGCUUUGGAUAAAGCACAUGAAAUUGAGACUGCUGCGCAAAAGAAAAAAGAUGAAAUUGCAUCAGCUGCCCAAGACAAAGCAGAUGAAGCGAAGAACGCGCUACAGAGCACUAAAGAUGCUGCUUUGGAUAAAGCACAUGAAAUUGAGACUGCUGCGCAAAAGAAAAAGGAUAAAAUUGCAUCAGCUGCCCAAGACAAAGCUGAUGAGGCGAAAAAAGCUUUCCAAGAAAAGAAAAGUCAAGUAAUUGAUUUCUUACAAUAUGAGAAAGAAUCUAUGUUUGAUAAAGUUGAUGAAGGAAAACAAGUACUUGGUAAUAAGAAGGACCAAAUUGAGAAUGCAUUUGUCAAUAAGACCGACGAAAUUGGAGCUGCUAUAAACGAUAAGAAGGGUCAAGCUGUAAAGUUUGCUGAAGACAAAACAUUCGAAUUAGGAAGUGCGAUAGAUAGCACUAAAGAUGCCUUCCAUGAGAAAGCAGAAAGUGCAAAGGGCAUAUUAAAAGAUACAAAAGAUAAUGUUCACGAUUUUGUACAGAAUAAAACGCAUGAAACCGGCAAAACGAUCCAUGACACAGAAGAAAACUUAGCGAACACAUUACACGAUACUAAAGAACAUUUAGAAGCCAAAGCGGGUGAUGUAAAGAGUUCUCUACUAAACAAAACACAUGAAAUAGGUAGCGUUGUUGAGAGUAAAAAGGAUGAAAUUCAACAAGGUUUGAGUAAUAAGAAAGAUGAAGUACAAAACGCCGCGCAAUCAGAAUUGGAUAGGAUACGACAAGAGGCAGAAUUAACAACCGAACAAAUCAAAAAGUCUGCAGAAGACGCCAUCAACGCUGCCGCAGAGAAGAAAUCAGAAAUCCAGUCCAACGUUGCAGACAAAGUAGACGCCGUCAAAGUGUGUGGGAAAGAGCAAUUUGAAAACAUUCAAAAGGCUGCAAGUGACAAAGCGAACGAUCUGCAGAGGUCGUCGAAGCAAGCGUUCGAUCACGCACAAGAUUCGACCUUAAGUUCUUUCGAUAAGAUCGAAAGUUCGGCUAAGGACAGAGUGAGCGACGCGAGAGACACCUGGGAGGACUUGCAGAGUUCGACGCGCGAUACCUUCGCGGACUUCAGGGACGACUCCCACAGCCUUGCCGGCUCCGCGCAGGACACGCUUCACAGCUUCCAAAGCUCCGCUGGCAACACCUUUGACAGUCUCGACGACUCCGUAAAAGAAUUCGCAACCGGAGCACAAGGGUCGAUCCAGGAAUUCGAAGACGGAACCAAGGGUGUGUUCGGAGACGCCAAACACUCUUUUGAAGGCUUCCAAGUGUCGGCUGACAACAAACUCGAGGAUGUCAAGGGCUCGGCGAAGGGCUUAGUCGAAGAUGGCAAAGCGAGGCUCGGCGACGCGAGCGAGAGCGCGAUAGCUGGCGCGAAAGAGACGGAGCAAGCCGUCGUCGACGCGGUGGCGUCUGAGGCCGACAAAUUCACGAGCAGUCUCAACGAUUUGGGCAACUCAGUCUUCGGGUCCUCAGGGAAAGGAUUCAUGAAAGAUUCAAGCACCAAAUUAUUGGAAUCGGAAAAAUCACAAUCCUCGCCAUCGCCACACAAAAAGGGAUCUGGAAUCCCGAAGCUAAAGCGGAAGAAAUAGACGCCGAACGAACGCUCCCGACCGAUGUAUGAUAUAGUUGUCUAGUUUUACUUGUAUUUAUUUAUUGUUACGAAGCUUUACUACGGAAUGGUGGUUUCAAUGUCUAUCGAUGUAUUUUCGUUGCGGUUUUUUACCACAAAGUAAAAUUCGCUAAUGUAGAGUUCAUCAAAUGUGAUGAAUCGCUAAAAUAAUCGAGAGAUUAUCAUGUUUUAAUGAAAAUAACUACCUACAUACUCUUUGCCACUCACUUGCACCACAAAGAGAGGUAGGUGUCUGACAUUAUGAAAUUAAUGAAUGACACUAAUUGACAUUAUUUUCAUUUAAUGGGUAGUACAAUGAAACGAUUAUUCCGUGCGCACUUACUUAGGAGCACUGUACAUGUUAAGUUCCAGUGAUUUUUGAUCUAAAGAAGUAUCUGUAUAUCCAAUCGGAUUUUAGUCAGCCCAGUACUAAGCGUUGAGUACAUUUAAGUAUUUCACUGUGUCAAAUUUGAAUGUCUUAACUUUCGAUUUCAAAGAAAUCAUUAAAUUACAAUGUCUAGUUAUUAACUUCGAAAACGAACGAUGGUUAAUCUUAAAUUUUAACAAACGUUUAAUAAUUUAUCACAAAUGUUUAACGUCGGUUAACGUCUUUCUUAUAAGUUGUAAUCUUGCCUGUAACUGAUAUUAUUUUUAUAUUUUGACGAGAUCUAUUAAUAAUGUUGACAUUUAUAUUACAAAUCAUUUUUGUAGAAUUUUAACGCAAUUUUAGUGACACCGAAUCAGAUUUUUUGCAUUUUAUAUUUUAUUUUAAUUAAGUGUUUUUACAAAUUAGAUGCCAUUUAUUGGUGAUUUAUGUUGCAUAAUUUAUUGUAUUUUAAUUGUGUUUCAUUUAUAAAGUUUACAUUGCUUUGUACAAACAUUUGUCUGCUUAGAUCAAAAUAUAUUUAAUGUAAGCAUGUUGCAACGCUUCGUAGGUAGAUGUUAACGGAUAUCCUAUGUACCUACAGUAGUCCUGACUACUAGAAUAGAUCUGCUAGUUUAUUUAUUUUCUGUAAUAAAGAUUACAAACACUAUUUUUAAUUUUAUGUGGAAUAAAUUAUUACAAAUAGUGCUUGGAAUGCUGUUGAUGUCACAAAGCGACUUUCUUGUAUUUUGAUGUUAAAUACACUAUCGAAAGAAUAAAUAUUUACUAUUUAUAA